AUGGCGGCGACGCGGCUGGAGCUGAACCUGAUGCGGCUCUUGAGCCGGUGCGAGGCGCUGGCGGCGGAGCGGCGGGGCCCCGAGGAGUGGCGGCUGGAGAAGUACGUGGCCGCUCUUGAAGACAUGCUCCGGGAGCUGAAGAAGCAGUCCAGCAAGCCUGCCCCAGAACUGCUGAAUGAAUACUCUCGCAAAGUGGACUUCCUGAAGGGACUUUUAGAAGCUGAAAAAUUGUCUUCAUCAACUGAAAAGGCUCUGGCAAAUCAGUUCUUGGCCCCUGGACGUACCCCUACAACAACCAAAGAGAGAACCCCAGCUACUAAAACAGUUCAUCUGCAGACAAAGGCUCGCUGCACAGGCAAGAUGAGGAGUGAGCUGCUUGGUACAGACUCCUUGGUUAUCGAUGAUUCUGUGGAGUUAAACGUAAGGAAGCGGAAAGGCCUUGCAUCUGAUGAGAAGCAGUCAGCAGUCGAGCUGGAUGCUGUGUUACAGCACCAUCAGGAUAUGCAGGAGAAGUUAGCUGAAGAAAUGCUAAGUUUGGCUCGCAGUCUCAAAAACAACACUCUGGCUGCGCAAAAUGUGAUAAAACAAGAUAACCAGACACUAUCGCAUUCUCUCAGGAUGGCAGACCAGAACUUUGAGAAGCUCAAGGAUGAAUCUGACCGCCUUGAACAGCAUGCAAAGAAAUCAGUCAACUGGCUAUUAUGGAUAAUGUUAAUUGUAGUUUGUUUUAUAUUCAUCAGCAUGAUUCUCUUUAUCAGGAUUUUCCCCAAACUAAAAUGAUUUUUUUUAUUUAUUUAUUUAAAACUGCCAGAGUGCAGUUGGAAAGCUCAGCUGGUAUGGUAACUGUCAGCAAUCAAUUUCUUUGCCACCUAUCAUGUCCUUAAAGAGGAUGUCCAAGGCCUACCCUUGCAUCUCUCUUGUGCAAUCACUGGAUUCGGUGAAGGGUUUCAUGGGGAAGGCUUUCUACACUUGGAUACUCGGUUACUUUUUUUACUUAGUUAAUAUUGUUACCUAUUGAGGGGAGAACUGGGAUAAAGAUGGCAAUUCAUGCUGAGCCACAAACAAGUUCCUUAGUGGAUAGAUACAGUCCUGUUUUUAAUGUGGCUGUGGCAAAUGUUACGACUCCUAAAAGGCGUUUAUUCAAUAUGAAUAUAAGUAACAAUUGAAGUCUUACAAUUUUUCCUGUCUUUACAGCUUUACUGUACUGACGUAGGACCUUGCUGCCAACAGGAUAUUUAAUGACAAAGUUACGUACAUACCCAGCUGUAGGGUGUAGGAAGAGAAUGCUGCCAUUGAGUUGCUUGCCUGGCUCAGAUUCAGAGAGUAUCAACAGGUAAAACUAUCCUCAGGCUCCUUUUUCCCAGAUGGGUAUUUGGGACUUUGGACUUAGCAAGUAUAAACUGAAGAAAAUUGUAAUAGAAGAGCUGAAGUUGCUUGCUGUUGCAAUGUUUGCUUCCCUUUCUGUACACGCAAAUAUUCUCACUUACUCAUUGUCCGUUAUGUUGAUGCUAUUGCACCAAGAAAACACUGUGACCCUGGCACCGCAGAAUUGUACACACAGUGCUCUCCGUAUGGUAUAGACCUCACCUGUGCAAACAUUUUUUCACUGUAAGAUGAGGGCAGAGGAAGCUGGUGUCUUCAAGAGAGGAAUGUUAAAAUAGUAAUUCAGCCUUUACCUUUUGAGGCAAGUUAUUCUGGUCCAGAGUGUUCGUGUCAAACUUGUAUUCUGAAGAGGUCACUACAAUAAAGCAGAGAUGAAAUAAACUAGAAUGAGUAUUUUAAAAACACUGCUACUGCUAGAAAAAAACUAGAGCCUGCAGUAAAGCAAGGUUUGUCAUGACAAUGUAAGAGCCGUUUUUAAAUGCUUGUGAUAAGCUAAAAGCAAACCAUUCCGCAUCUGUGCCGUUGUUUCUGGAGUCUUCCUCUGGCAAGUGUUGGUGUGUAGGCAUGUACGGUUUGACGCUGAGGAGGUGAGGCGCAGCAGAUGACCCCCAAGUGCUCUGUUGCUGUUUAUUGCUGUUUGGAACCACUAGAUGGGGUGUUUGGGGCCUGCCUGGUGAUCUCUGGAGCAGCCCCGAGUGAGAGGAGGGUGGGGGGAAAGCUGUUUGUCACAACAAUUGAGUCCUUACGAAAAUCGACUGCUGCUUUGAAGGCAUCCCGAAGUAGCAAGCUCUGUUUCAGAAUUGUUCUUUACAAAACCAACUGUGUUAAUGAAGAGAGUUAACAUUUUUUACAUAAAGCAUUUUUGUUUGUUUAACAAGAUGUUUGCAAUUUAGUAUGCCAUUCACUUUAUGAGUUAUCAAACAAGUGAUUAUACUAUGAAGUACAGUACAAGUUCUAUGUGAUACGCUUAUUCUGUUUGAGCAAACUUGUUACUUACCUUGAACUUUAUAGAACUUUGUAGUAGUAGCUAUCCAUUUGUGGACAUCUCUACUUUUCCCACAAGUUUUUCUUCAGCUGUGAUGUUUGACAUUUCACUGUGCUUCAUUAGUAAAUGCUGUGUCACCAAAUUGUUUUUUAAUUCUAAUUGUUUACUACUUUCCCUGCAGGCAUUUCAGUGCUGAGCUUUUCUCUUAGAGCAGAGGUUGAAUGUAGUGCUGGAAUGUUUUUUGUGCGUGAGAUAUUGGAAUGAUACAACACUAAUGCUUCA